UGAACAAAUUUUGAAGGUAUAACAGCUCCUAGACCACCGAUUCGCUCAAAGAAACUUACAGUCGAACGGCAUACUGCCACCGAAAAAAAAGACACCAUGGACAACGUCACUCUUACUUCAACGGCAGAGCUGGUGGCCCGAUUCACAUCCUACGAUUACGCCGUGUUCGUUUGCGCUCUACUGGGCUCGGGCGGAAUUGGUCUGUACCAGGCUUUCGCCGGUGGUUCUGGAGGCAGCCAGUCUUUGCAGGACAUGUUGACAGGUGGCCGAAACCUGCCCACUGUUCCCGUUGGUACAUCCCUUAUGGCGAGCUUCAUAUCAGCAGCCUAUCUGCUCGGCAACGCAUCCGAGAUAUACACCGCCGGCACCAUGUAUUUCCUGGUGUUCCUUUCGUAUUUUCUUGUGAUUCCGGUCACGGCGCACCUGUACAUGCCCGUCUUCUACAACCUCAAAGUGUGCACUGCCUACGAGUACCUGGAACUGAGGUUCAACCGAGCAAUACGGUUCAUCGCGGUGGCGAUGUUCACUGUACAAAUGGCUCUCUAUUUGGGCGUCUCCCUCUACGCCCCAGCACUGGCGCUGUCGAAAGUGAUGGGAAUGCCAUUGUGGGCAGCAGUAGCUCUACUUGGAAUUAUCUGCACCAUCUAUACUAGCAUCGGCGGCAUCAAAGCAGUGGUCUACACGGAUACCUUCCAAUGCGUCGUCAUGUUCAUCGCCUUAAUUGUGGUGGUCAGUAUGGGCUUCAAGGCAGUUGGCGGAUUCGAGAACGCCUGGAACAUCGCCAAGCAGGGAGGACGCAUCCAGUUCAACAGUGCGAGCUACAAGCUGAACGUCCGGCAUACCGUCUGGGGUCUCAUAAUCGGCGCUUGGUUCGCCAACUCUGCCAGCUACAACACGAACCAGAUGAUGGUGCUACGCUACCUGACAGUAAAAACUCUCACCAGGGCGAAAAUAGUGGUGUGGCUGAACCUGCCGUAUUUGUGCCUAAUCCUGCUGUUGAGCUGCCUCUGCGGUCUGAUGAUGUACGCUCGCUACGCCACGUGUGACCCUCUGUUGACGAAAAGGAUCGACACACCCGACCAGCUGCUGCCCUACUUUGUGAUGGACGUACUCGCUGAAACUACAGGGGUGGCCGGCGUGUUCGUCACGGGAAUCUUCAUGGCGUCACUUAGUUCUGUGUCUUCUGGAAUCAACGCACUGGCAACUGUCUUCUAUGUGGAUAUUAUCGCCGUCCUCAGGCCAGGCAUCAAAGAAUCGACGGGAUCCCAUAUUAUGGUCGCCCUGGGUGUGUUCUUCGGGAUACUAUCUAUUGCAUUGGUUGCGGUGGCCCAGCAGUUGGGAGACGUUCUGGCGGCACAGUCAGCGAUCAACAGCGGACUUGGAGGGCCACUGCUCGGCCUCUUCUCCAUGGGGAUGUUCAUCCCGCAUGUCUCAACAAAGGGCGCCAUGCUGGGCCUGCUGACGUCCUUGGGCAUCGCCCUGUGGAUCAGCAUCGGAAGCCUGAUUAAUCCGGCCACAUACCCGUCGCCGCCGCUAUCAGUGGACGGCUGCCCCGCACUGUACCGAAACACCACCAACAGCUCCGAGCCAUACGUGCACCCAAUGAUCUCCAACGAAGACGUCGGUGACGACAUCUACUCGGUGUCUUACCUGUGGCAAACGAUGGUGGCGUUCCUCAUAAGCUUCGCGGUCGGCAUUCCUGCCAGCUUUUAUGCAACUGCAAACGAUCCGAAGAAAAUGAAUCCCAAGUUGAUUUGCCCCAUCGUGGACAUCCUAUUCCCGUACCUUCCAGAACGAUGCAGAAGGCCGUUCAGGUUCAAGCUGGGAGAAGAAUAUGUUGACCCACAGCUUCAAAAGAAGAACCAACAGAGAAGUCUGUCACAGACAAGCGCCAAAGUGGCUGUCCCACCCAUUGAGCGCGAUCCCAAGAUCCUGGGCCAGAAUGUGACCUACAUCCAGGCGCUCACGGAGAAGCUCUUCCCGAACGCAGCCUUCAGUCCCGUGGAGCCUCUGCGCUAUGACUCGGCGUUUUCUGCUAGCUCACCGUUCCCGCCUCCAACCGAUGUCGUGUGCCUGCCGCAGCCAUCGCUAGCUCACGUCCCACGAAGAAGGCAUUCUAGUUACCGUGCCAGCAACGGCGAGUCAUCGAGGAUGUAGGACUACCCCCAUGUUUUCUGACUUUCGACAUAGAAUAAGGGGGCAGUCAAGCGACUUGAAACUUCGCAGAAAGCUGUCCUUGGAGUACGGAGCCACCAGCAGCUGCGAAGAAAACAACAGUGGUCGUGACGAUGAUGGGUCGUAGACUAGUAUGACAAUGGCUAUAUCACUGCCAAUAAAUUGCAUCGUUCAGUCAUGCAUUCGGGUGCGCAAGAUGUGACCUGGGAUUUUGUCAAAUGAUGGCGGUUCCCUAAAGCGCACGAGGCAGUCGAAUGAACUGCCUUUACGCAUCACCAUAGAACACAAUUUACAACCCGUGAACGCAAAUCAAGUCGAAAGCGUAAGAAAAGGACAAUGCUUCGAUUUUGUUUUUUUAACCGUCAGACACUGUGCGCCCGAUUGAUUUGUAUGAUCUCAAAUAAAAUAAA